CGUAAAAUUUCCGGUCCGAGUCACUAUCUCUAAUUUGUAAAUGACUGCAAAAAGCCAACGCCAUUAAACCCACCAGUCUCAUUUGUUAGCGUUAACUAACCAUAUUAUGUCCUGUGGUGUUUAAUAAUUUAUUUAUUUUAUACUUUUAUUAUUUGCUAACAUCACAACGAAUUUUCUAUUUUUCCGGUUGUCCUAGUUACAAAAUAUUAUUGUCGUCGGAAUUGUUACAGUGAAACGGUGAAGCCAUAGUAUAAACCGACGUUGCGUAUACGUCUGCAUGCCGCCAUUUUGUAAACGGCGCUGUCAAAUUUGUUUGGCUCGUCGAGUAGAAAGUUGUCUUGCAGCGUUUUCCGAAGAUUAUUUGGUGAAAUUCUCAAAUCUAUAUCGUUUUAUACAGACUUUAACAUACAAUAACCAACUAGAAUAGAAAAUUAUUGAGUAACUAGUGCAGAUUCGGGCUAAUAUCCGCGAGGUGCUUAUCGAGCCCCUUGUCACUAUGAGCGUCAUAAUACGGCUUCAAAAUCUGCCGUGGUCUGCGAAUGCGUUGGACAUCAGGCAGUACUUCCAGGGGUUGAGCAUCCCCGAAGGCGGGGUGCACAUCGUCGGCGGUGAACAGGGAGAUGCUUUUAUCGCUUUCAGUACCGACGAGGACGCUCGUCAAGCGUUCAACCGCAACAAUGGCAAAAUCAAAGAGGUCCAGAUCCAGCUCAUGCUCAGCUCGCGGACCGAAAUGCAACGCGUCAUCGAGCAGGCUCGCAACCAAUCGAUGGCGGCGUUCAUGCUGCCGACCCAUACACAAGUGGCGCCCCUCCCCGCGGCCGUACCCGCCCUCGUGCCGACUCCCGCGCCGGUACCGGAAAUAAAGCGCGAGAGCCGAGACCCUGACAAGAAGCGCGACAAGAAACGUUCUCGGUCUAAGUCGCGCGACCGUAGGGACCGCAAAGACCGCAAAUAUCGCGACCGCAGCCGUUCGCGGUCGAGAGAACGGCGCGACAGGCGCAGGCGCGACCGUAGCCGCAGCCGCAACCGUUCCAGAUCGCGCGACAGAGACGGCGGCAGACGGAAAGACAGAGACGGCAAGAGGAAUGACGACGCGACGCAGCCCAGACCGCCGGUUUGGGCGACGCCGCAAACUCAGGAUCUCCCUCCGCCCCUGAUACCGCAAGCGGCCGCCGCCCAAGCUACCAGCUUACUGGGGGCGUACAGCCCCAUCACUCUGGAUCAAGCCAAGAGAACGCUGGAGAGUUUCAGCGCCGGUCAGCUGAUCAACGGGUUCCCGGCAAACGCGGCCCCUGUCAGCGCCGCCUUCAACAACCCCAACCGGGUACAGAGGGACAGCUGGCCGCCCGCCAACCCCACCAGCAGCUUCGGGUUGUCUGGCGACGGUUUCCAACCUGGUCGGUUAUUGGAUGACCAGAGAAAUCUGCUGGGCGGUAUGGGCGGGCCUAACGGCGACGUGAGGGGUAGAAACCAAAGGGGAAGGGACGCGGACGACGGCAGGAACCCGCGGAACCAGCGCGACUUUAGGAAUCAGCGGGACACGGGCGGGAACAGACGCAACCAGAACUACGAUGACCAGUUCGGCCAGGGGGGCAACCAGCAGUUCGACGCUAGAGGCAGAGGGAGAAAGUUGCAGAACAGGGGCGGCGACGAGGAGGAAGUUAACACGUGCGUCCACCUGGAACCCUUCUACGGCUGCUACGCGGACCUGAGGAAGUUCUUUUCCGGACUCCAUAUCACGUUCCGCGGAAUCAAGAUUAUCAACGACGAUUUCGGACGCAAGACCGGGAUUUGUUACGUGCAAUUCACAAACGCGCUCUACAAGAUGGAGGCACUGAAACGGGACGGCCAGAAGCUGAAUAAUAUCGAGGUCAAGGUGGAGCACAUCAGCGACGAGGAGUUUCACAACGCGAUCGACCGGUACCAUCCGCGGAACGAGGACCAGCAAUACGGCGACGACAGCAAGUUCCGCAGCAAAAACAUUACCAAGUAUUUUAACAAUUCCGGAGAGCAGGAGCCGGAGAUCACGGACUACGCGUGUUUGAAAAUCGAGGACUUGCCGACGUACGUUAAGGAGCAGGACAUCUUGCACAUGUUCUCGCAGCACCCGCUCAUCUCGCUCCAUCUGAACUCGAAGCCGAGAGGCGGGUCCGUGGCUUAUGUCAAGUUCAGCGGCAAGGAGGUGGCAAAGCUCGCGUACGAGGAGAAGUCGCAGCACGUCAUCGGCGGGAAGCCGGUCACGGUGAAGCCAUGCAAGGACGAAGAAUUCGACGAGGUAAACAAGGAGAAAAGCGCGCCUCUAGAAGAGGUAAAAGAAGAAAACGCGGGCCCGUUGGAGACGGACUGCUUGAGCGUAUCCCAACUGCCGGCGAAGACCUCCGAUAGGGACAUCUCCGACUUCUUUUCCGACAUCGGCAUCGUCCCUUUGAAAAUCCAUUUGAUGAGCAACAAUCUCGGUUUCACUGGCCAAGCUUUUUGCGAAUUCGAAACCAAAGAGGAGGCGGCGACCGCGUGCUCCAAAGACAGCACCGUCCUCGGCAGCAACACCAUAUCGGUGAAGCCGAUCAAACGACAGGAAAUGAUGGCGAUAUUGGGCAAAACGAUCCCGCAUCAGGAAUCGGAAGAGGGAGAGGGCAACGCUGAGAAAUCGCCUAAAAAAGAGCCACCCGCGCCAGCCCUGUUGUUAACCCCCAGUCAGAACCAACCGCUGCUGAAACCAAUGCUGCUUAAUAGUCAGAUGCCUCCGAGGAUGGGUGGGCCGGGUUCAAGGGGACCCAGAUUCGGACCCCGAGGACCGAGGUUGAGGUACAGCGCCCCCAGAUCGCACGAUGCGAGUUACGAGGACGCACCACCUGGGUGCACGGUUUACAUGGACAACGUGCCCUACAAGGCGGGCACGAACGAGAUCUUGGAAUUUUUCGAAGGGUAUAACAGCACCAAUAACGUGUCGAGGAGGUACAACCCUAAUAAUACCCCUAGCGCGGAAGCGAAAAUCAUUUUCCCGUCGCCAGAGGACGCGUUCAGGGCCGUGAAAGAACUAAACGGCGAGAAAAUAUGGGAGAGGCCUAUAUAUUUGACGCAAGUGUAAAUUUAUCUUUAGUGUUUAGGUUUCGUUUCAGAUAGAGUUAUUGGUUAUGUUUCGAUAUUCGUAUAAACUUUCGGUUUUGUUGUAUCCACGUACUACUAUAUUAGUAGUCGCUAUUGUAUAUACAUAAGAUUUGUAGGCUGUUUGAUUCUUUUUUAAAUACAUACAGUAAAGUAUACGUUGGAAGCAUAUAAUUUGGUCCUUCGAGGCGGAUAUUCACCAUUUUUCUUGAGAAGCAUUGUAGUAUUAAAUUCGUUGUAAUUUUAUAGUCUCUUGAGGGCUUCUAAUUGAAAGUCAAUGUAAAUACAAAUUCUCUUGUAUAA